GGGCCGCUUAGCUGGGGCAAGAUCAUGGCUAUUUCUGGGGGGACGACUCCCGGGGGGAUGACCCCAGCAGCGUUGACCCAGGUGAGAACCUCGACCGAGUCGGAGAAAGAUGCUGAAUUCCAAGAACAUGAAAAGAUUCUGUCCCCAGAUUUUCUUUCAGUUGCUCAAAUCACUGAACUGCUAGUAGUGGAUGUAGAUGGAGUUCAACGAAAACUGGAAACGUUUUUGAAUUUCAAAAAUAUUAAAACCUGUUUAAAAGAAGCCAUUCUACUCGAUUAUUAUGUAUCUGGAUUUUUGUGGGCUAGAGGAAUGGACUUUUCUAUUAUUCAGUAUUCACAAUUUAUGACUUUACUAGAUAUGUUACUUCAUAAUCUUAAAACAUUGCAUAUGUCCUUAGAAGACAGCUUAAAAUGGCUUGGAGAAGUUAUGGCUGAAAUAGGACCAUCCCAUUUACAAAAAAAUGAGAAAUGGAAUAUCUUUGAUAUAAAACAAGCCAAUGCUGUCAUUGAUUACUUAAAAAUCAGCUUAUUUCAACACUACAAGCUAUAUGAGUUUCUGUUCUUCUCUACCAGGGAAGAAAUUGUGAUAGGAACUGAGCAAAUGAUAGAGGUCAUCAAGCCUUCGGGUGGCCUUUACCCCAACCCUCUAGAAGAAGGACUCUCAUUUGAUAUUUAUUCAACAUUCAUAAAGCCACCCCCAACAUUGGAUACAGAAAUGAAGGGAUUGGAUCAAGAACAAGGCCCUAAGGAGUCCCAGCCAGAAGCCAGCACUUCUGACACAGAUCCUUUAGUUGGUUUCACCAUUGAAGAUAUAAAAUCAGUGCUGGGUCAAGUCACAGAUGACAUUUUAAUCAGCAUUCAGACCUCUCCGUUGGAGCUCUCGGUGAAAUCAGAAGGACAUUCCAGAGAAGAGAAAACCUGCAUCAUAAGGAGAUGCACGAGGGUUCUAGAAUCUCCCUGGAAGUCGAUACCAUCCUCUCAGAGAGAAGACAAAGCAGCAGGCUGGGGUAGAAGGCAACUGGAUGGAGAGGCGAUGGAUGACAACCAUCUGCACAUCCACAGAUGUUCCUGGAACAGCUCCACCCUGACACGUGGGGAGAGGACCUCAAAGGACAAAAGAGAAGAGGAAAACACGUGCAUGAUGAAAAAAGAGGGCAAAAGGACCUACUUAUGGAAGGAAGCCCUACACUGCGCCUACUUAAGCCUUAUGAAAGAAGGAGAUUUUUGCCUCUUAAUUACAAAUAUGGUUUGCAGCAAAAAUGGAUUUCACUUAAUGAAUACUUUUAUAUGUUUUGUUCAUCGAAAUUUUGCCGUAUGCAAGUGACAAUUUUGCUGUAUACAAAGUGACGGUGUCUUCAGGGAGUGUGACAUCAGCGCCAUCGUCACCAUCAUCAUAAACAAGAACUUUUUAAUAUAGUUGGUUUCACAAUACACUAGCACAUCCUUGCUUACCAUGGGGAAAUGUAAAAGAAAAAGCCAGUUCAAAGGUGACUGGCAGUGGCCUAGAGAUCUAAAUCAUCCAAAACAUCUUGCUAAAAACGCUUCAAGAUUCUAAGACAAGCACCGUUAAUUUCAUUCUAAAGAAAGAAUACUGUUUUUAUAAUUAGCACAUUGUCCUUUUGUUUAUAUUGUAUAAUAAUAGUCAAAUAGAUUUUUAUGUGAUGUAUGAACACUUCACUA